UCUCAGCUUCGCACCCAGACGAAAGUGCACACGACUUGCACACGAGCGAAUCACUACGGCGGAGCAAUGGCGAUCGUGCCGCGGUCGAGGAGGCUCUCAGUCCCCGCGGCGCUGCUGCUGCUGCUGAUGGUGGUAGUGGCCUCGGCUGCUGCGGCGGGCGUGGCGGACUGGGCCAAGGAUAAGAUCUCCGAGGGGCUCGGGCUCAAGCACCAGGUCGAUGUCGACGAGGAGGAGGCCGCGCGCAAGGCCGACCACACCGUCAAGUCCGCGCGCGAGUCCGCCCAGGACGCCGCCUCCGAGGUAGGGAAGAAGGCGGGGGACGCGAAGGAGGCGGCAGGGGAGGCUGCGGCGGGCGCGUCAAACAAGGCGGGCCAGGCCAAGGAUAAGGCGAAGGAGACGGUGAAGGACCCGGCCGGCGAGGCGUCCAAGGCGGGGUACGCCAAGCAGAAGAUCAAGGAGGCGGCCGAGGCGGCGAGCGAGCAGGGCGCCGAGGCGCACGAGCGGACGAAGCAGACCAAGGCCAAGGCCGAGGAGAAGGCCGGCCAGGGGUACGAGAACGCCAAGGACAUGGCCGGCAAGGCGCAGGAGACGCUGCGGCAGACCACGGACGCCGCGGCCGAGAAGGCCGGGGCUGCGAAGGACGCAGCAGCGGAGAAGGCCGGGGCGGCGAAGGACACCGCAGCGGAGAAGGCAGGCGCCGCGAAGGACGCCGCGGCUGAUAAGGCGGGCUCCGCCAAGGAUGCGGCUUGGGAGAAGGCGGAGGCGGCCAAGGGGAAGGCGACGGGCGCGAAGGACGCCGCGUGGGAGACGGCCAAGGAAAAGGCCAACGAAGGAUACGAGAAGGUGAAGGAGAUGACGAGGGAGACGGCGGAAGCGGCCAAGGAGAGGCUCGAGGAGGUGAAGGAGAGGGUGACCGGCGCGGACGUAGACGGCAGGGAGAAGCACCUGAGGGCGGACGUCGACGGCACGGGCAAGCGCCGGACGGUCGACGAGCUGUGAGAUGUGAGCCGGCGUUCGACCAGUCCUUGCCCUUCUUGGCAUACUUCCUGUUGAUGAUGUUUCUUCAGUGUGUUGCUCUAGUUCUUCACACGGUUCCGUACUUUCUGUGUCCAACCAUGAUGCUGUUCCUACGUUGUAAAAUAAUCUUAUGUGUAGACAAGCUUUGCACAAAUGAUUACUUCUUUCUUUUCACCUCAAAA